AUGUCACCUUUUUCUACUCUCUCUCUCUCUCUUUCCUACCUCUUGUCCAUCUUUUUUCUCUCUACCUCUUGCCAUUUUAACUCCAUCUCUUGCUUAUCACUUUUUUCUCCAACUCUUCUCAUUUCGCUCUUUGUCUCCCGGCCUCUUCUUCCCCUCUUGUCUUCUGUCCACCCACCGGGCCUCUUCUUCCCCUCUUGUCUUCUGUCCACCCACCGGGCCUCUUCUUCCCCUCUUGUCUUCUGUCCACCCACCGGGCCUCUUCUUCCCCUCUUGUCUUCUGUCCACCCCACACUGGGCCUCUUCUUCCCUCUCGUCUUCUGUCCACCCCCCCCGACCGGGCCUCUUCUUCCCCUCUCGUCUUCUGUCCCCCCCCCCGACCAGGCCUCUUCUUCCCCUCUCGUCUUCUGUCCCCCCCCCGACCAGGCCUCUUCUUCCCCUCUCGUCUUCUGUCCCCCCCCACCUCCACCGGGCCUCUUCUUCCCCUCUAGUCUUCUGUCCCCCCCCACCUCACCGGGCCUCUUCUUCCCCUCUCGUCUUCUGUCCCCCCACCUCACCGGGCCUCUUCUUCCCCUCUCGUCUUCUGUCCCCCCCACCUCACCGGGCCUCUUCUUCCCUCUCGUCUUCUGUCCCCCCCCACCUCACCGGGCCUCUUCUUCCCCUCUCGUCUUCUGUCCCCCCAACCUCACCGGGCCUCUUCUUCCCCUCUCGUCUUCUGUCCCCCCCCCUCACCGGGCCUCUUCUUCCCCUCUCGUCCUCUGCCCUCCCCGCCUUUUCUUUCUUUAUUUGAAACAAUAA